AUGUACUUCAUAGCUAAGACUGCUGAUAACAUUGAGUCGAAUGAUCUGGUGUCUGGAUUUGCAGACAUCCUGAAACGAUUCGGCCCAAGCCAAGUCCGUGCUCUCGUGGCUAACGUUCCAGUGGACCUCCCAUUCGACCCCGAUGCCUACUUUGGAAGCUCUGCCGGACGACCUCGCUUCGAUCUUGUCUUGGCCAUUCACUUAUAUGAUAAAGCUGGCGUGUCGUUCUUGAGAACGGUUCAAAAAGCUUUCGAGGAAACAUAUGCAUCCCAUAUCAAUCUCGGAAGCAGUUGGAUUGCGUUCGGCCAACGAGCUUUGGUAUUCGACCAAGAUCAGGGCAUCCAAUUUGACCCCGGUCGCCAGCCAUAUAUAUUUGGGAACUGA